AUGACGGAGCGCAAGCCCGUCAGUGUGCUGCUGCUACGCGAGCCCGUAUCUGUAAGUCUAGGCACUGAUGCAUACCAUGAUGCAUUCGGUGAAUUUUGCCUCCCGUCGUUCGAACUUUCGGCGUUGGCGACGGGUGUGACGACGCCAGAGGGAGAACCGAUUUCACAGGCAACCGACAUUGAUUUUGCUAAGCACAUGAUCCAAGACGUAGCGUAUCUUAUGACGCAUCACAAACCCAAGGAGUACGCGCAAGAGUAUUGCAUUGUGAGCUUCCCUGUUCUUUCGCAUACCUUGGACAAUAUCUCCGAUGUUGCGCAGAAGAUUAUAAAGUACGGAGAGUCCUACGACGGAGUUGUUCUUACAAGCCAGCGCGCAGUGCAGGCAUGGACAGAGGCUGUAAAGCAUAUUUCUAUGAAAUGUAAAGAUGUCCCCCGGUUCCAAGUUCCGUUCUACACGGUGGGGCCCGCAACGAUGAAAGCGCUCCAGGAUGCCCAGAUACCCUCUCUCCUGGCGCCGGAAGGUAUUGUCGGCGAAGAUGCUGGAACAGGGAGCGAUCUUGCGCACCGAAUCGCGGAAGGCAUGCAAAAAACUUUGCCACGCAGUGGGGAUACGUACAAACUGCUCUAUCUCGUGGGAGACAAGCUCUCUUCUGGCCUGCAAGACACGCUCACGACGCUGCACGCGCGCGUGGAGCUGGACAAAAUGCGCGUGUACACAACCACGAAGGACGAUAGGUUUGCAGCUCAUUGCCGCGUGCUCUCUAAAGAGCUCCAGCACUGCUCGGGAAAGGUGCACGGCAGUGCGCCAGACUGGCUCGUCUUCUUUUCUCCGUCUGGCGGCGACUACGCUUUGCCCGAUCUACGUGCCUACGGCUGGAUUCCCGCACCUGGCACGCCAGCGUUGCCUACACAUCCAAAAAUUGGGUGCAUCGGGCCCACGACCGCGGCGUGGGUCCGCGAGCGACUAGGCAUGGAGCCCGAUGCUGUCGCCGCGCAGCCUUCGCCCGCCGCAUUGAGGGAUGCUAUUCUCGAUGCAACCGCUGACACUAUACCUCUCGCAUAA